AUGGCAAGUCUGAAUAUUGGAGACACGAUCCAAGUAUUGUCAUCAUCAACGACACAGUUAAUUUUUAAAGUCCUUCCGAAAUUACUUUUCCAAAAUAAUAUAAUUAUUCAUGGGAUACGAAAUUUAGCAAACAUAAAACUAUCAAGCAAAAAGGACGAUCGGGAUGAAUAUCCUUCUUAUUUUGAUUCAUCAACCUCAUCACUAACAGAACGAAAAUCUAAACACAUUUCCCGAGCCUAUUAUUCAUUUGUUCAUCAAAUUGAAGAAACUACAAAAUCGGAACGAUUUGAAAUUCAUACAACACCCUAUUACCGAGCUCUGUUGAGGCUUAAUCACUUAUUGAUGAAUGAUCCGGUUUCUUAUUUUAUGGUUCUGAGCGGAGUAUUGAUAGCCUUCAUCAUUCCCAUCAUGAUUUCCAUAUUUAUUUUGUUUUACAUGUUUUUUAAUUGGAGACAACUCGGAAUAUUUCCAAUGUUGUUGCAAUUAUCUUUGAUCAGCAUACUCGUAUUAUGUAGUGGAGUACCCAUUCAGUGUUUAAUGAUUCUCUUUAAGAAAUUUCCAUCUCCAUUGCAUUUUCUGUAUCAUGUACUGAGCUUGAGGAAACACAAAUUUGGAGUGACUACUUCUCUUCUUACUACGACACCAUUCUCUUCUCAAAUCACUCCACUUUAUUAUUAUUCGACUGAGAUUUUAACAGUGACUCCCAACAAGGGAAUUCAACUUGAAAAAAUAGAAAUGGACAUUUCUACUUGGGAUGAAAAUGAAGAAUUAGAUCCAAAAUCUAAACCGCAAAAAGUAACCAUUGUUAAUUUAUUAAUUUAUUUAUUGACUCAUCAUAUGAGUGAGGAAAACGCUCAAUCCCAACAACAACAGCAUGCACCCAUCCUCAUUGACAGUAAGAAGCUCUCUCGACAAUUUAUAUCCAUCGAUGACAUUCAGAUGAUUGUCAUUCGUGAGGGAAUCAUGGAAGGCAAAUCCAGUGGAGGUACAAGCGCAGUGAAUGCUCACGAUCAAGGAGGAGUUGUUGGUAGUGGUAACGUUGGCUCAAACUCUGCUGCCAAUGCUGUUGUGGAUCCAGUGUCCAUUCUUUUACAAGGAGAUGCAAUGGAAUUAAAAAUUAGGAAAACACAAGAUUUGGCAAUUAUCAUGAAAACCAUUCACAGCAGAGAACAAAUUCCUUUUGAAACCAUACGGCCGAAAAAUAUGCAUUUAAAGCUAAUUUACAAAAAGGUUCGAUCAAUUUUACAGAAAUAA